AUGCAGAUAUUUGUGAGAUCCAGGGGGCCUCUCACCCACAUCCGAAAGUGCUGGGAUCGCCGGAUCGACGCCAAUACCUCAGUCUACUUCUAUACGAAUUUUGGCGAAGCGAAGUCUACGUGGUCCACCGUGGGCGUUGGGCGUACCACAAGUGCACGAAAGACCACUUACGCAGCCAUUAUCCAAGCGUGGCUGCAAGCAUGUGACGACUCUCAUACAGGAUGUCGCAAAUCCCGCGAUAACUGGUACGAACCGCAUGCAAAAUGUCCGGAACCUCGUGAGGAAAAGCUGUCGAAGCUGCCGACUCGUAUCUUGGAUGUUGAAUCCACAGACCCUGAUGUGAUUAAAGUCAAAGAGAUCGCCGAUGAGAAGGGGCCGUACAUUGCCCUCAGCCAUUGCUGGGGCGGGAAUAUCGCAAUGAAAACAACGCGGGCCAACUUUCGCACCCGUCAGAGGGACAUACGCUCGGACGCUUUGCCUAAGAACUUCCAAGAUGCUGUGGCAGUCACCAGGGCUGCUGGGCUGAGAUACCUUUGGAUUGACGUCUUGUGCAUACUCCAGAACGAUAAGGAGGACUGGGAGAAAGAGUCUGGUCGUAUGGCAGCCGUUUACCAGAACGCACAUUUUGUGCUGGGCGCCGACAUGUCCACUGACUCUCAUGGAGGAUUCUUAGAUACCGAAGAGAGUUAG